GCGAAUUGCGCAAAGUAUCAUCAUCCUUAAACCCAUUGUGGAUAUGCAAAGUGGGAUGUUGAAGCCAAUGUCCGAUAAACAGCAAUGACCUGUGUCUCCUUAACCUCUCUUCACCUUCCUAAUCUUGACUUGGCUUUUGCCAAGGACUGGACUUUGAAUUCUUUGAGAAAAAGAACGGGGAUUUGCGUCUCUAUUUCUCAGGAAAGGAGCAUUUUGGAACCAAAAAAGAAACAACAAAGGAGCUGCAGAAUAUCGGUCUCAACAGAUGUAUCUCUCAUUUCCAAUUCUCAUAUAAGUCAGCCAGAUACAUUUCCUCCAUUGGUUAGUGCACUGAAAGCUUCCGCUGCACAAAAUGCAGCCAGUUUUCACUUCCCUGGCCAUAAUAGAGGGCGUGCUGCACCAGUUUCAUUAACACAGCUCAUUGGUUUAAGACCAUUUAUUCAUGAUUUGCCUGAGCUUCCAGAGCUUGACAAUCUUUUUUCACCUGAGGGGCCUAUUUUAAAGGCACAAAUGCUAGCUGCCAAAUUGUUUGGGUCACUGGAAACGUGGUUUCUUGUUGGAGGUACAACAUGUGGGAUCCAAGCAUCAAUAAUGGCAACUUGUUCCCCGGGAGAACAUAUAAUUCUCCCUCGCAAUUGCCAUAUAUCUGCCAUAUCUGCUAUGGUAUUAUCAGGAGCAAUACCCAAAUACAUUAUACCGGAGUAUGAUUGUAGAUGGGACAUUGCUGGUGGGAUGACUCCAUCACAGGUGGAAAAAGCCAUUAAAGAGUUGGAGAUGGAAGGCCAUAAACCUGCUGCAGUUUUUGUCACUUCCCCUACUUAUCAUGGUAUCUCUAGCAAUUUAAAUGAGAUUUCAGAGCUUUGCCAUUCUCGAGAAAUUCCUGUGAUAGUAGAUGAGGCUCAUGGAGCACACUUGGGUUUUCAUCCUCAAAUGCCCCUUUCAGCCCUGAAGCAAGGUGCUGAUCUUGUGGUACAAUCGACCCACAAAGUACUAUCCUCUCUCACACAGUCAUCAAUGCUACACAUGUCAGGAAAUAUUGUGGAUAAGGAGAGAAUUUGUCAGUGUCUUCAAACUCUUCAAAGUACAAGCCCCAGUUAUCUACUUUUAGCAUCGUUAGAUGCUGCUAGAGCUCAACUCAGUGAAAAACCAGAAACUAUUUUCAAUGGAGCAAUGAAGUUGGCUACUGAAGCUAAAAAUCUUAUUAAAAAGAUUCCAGGUAUUACUUUGCUUGAGAUACCAAGCUUCAGUAAAUUUCCUGCGAUGGAUCCAUUGCGCCUUACAAUUGGGUUUUGGCAGCUUGGUUUAUCUGGUUACGAGGCAGAUGAUAUUUUAGAUAGGAAUCACAGAGUUGUAUCUGAGCUUGUCGAAAGUCAAUCUAUUACAUUUGCAAUUAAUCUAGGAACUUGUGAAGAGCAUGUUCAGAGGCUAGUGUCAGGAUUAAAAGAAUUAUCUGCAAGUUCCUUAAAAACUGGAACGAUAGAAGAAAAGGUGAAGAAUGGACAGAAUGUACUGUUUACUGAUAUUAGCAUGACCUUGAAUCCAAGAGAUGCAUUUUUUGCUAAGAAAAGGAGAGUAUCAAUUAGAGAGAGCCUUGGGAAGGUAUGUGGUGAACUUAUAUGUCCAUACCCACCAGGGAUACCUGCAAUGAUUCCAGGUGAGGUUAUUACAGAAAGGGUUUUGGAUUAUUUGCUAGAUGUUAGAAGUAAGGGUGUUGUUAUUAAUGGAGCUUCUGAUCCUCAACUGUCUUCUAUAGUCAUUUGCAAUGUGUGACAAAAAUCACAAGUUAGUGCUCUUGUUGUUUUGCUUCAUUCCACAAGGUAUGAGGAGUGUAGAUAUGCACAUAUAGAAGGCUAGCAAAUAUUGUACCAGAGAUUGUUAGAGGUACUUUAAUUUUGCAUAUUCAGGCGUCAGGAAUUACUUCUCAGAAGUCCAACCCUAAUCCAGUUUUUAGAACAUGACUCGGGUGAGUUGAUAAAGAUGAAAGAUGAACCCAUGGAUGAUAAGUAUCCAUUAAGCUAAUCCCCAAGGUCAAGGAGCAAUUAAUAAUUUCCCCUUUUUCUGAAAUGUUCAUUUAAUUCAUAUAUAUGAUUGGAUUUCUCGUACAUUAUCCAAGAAAUCUUGUAGAUUGUUUCUUGCAAGAUGCUCUGAUCGCUACAUAUUUUUCAUUUGAUGGUUUAGGAAUUGUAGGCAGUUCAUCA